CCACUCCCCUCGCCCGCGCAGCCGCAGCAUCCCCUCUGCACGGCGCCCACCAUGGUCCGCAUCAUCAUCAAGGGUGGUGUGUGGAAGAACACGGAGGAUGAGAUUCUCAAGGCGGCCAUCUCCAAGUACGGCAAGAACCAAUGGGCGCGCAUCUCGUCGCUGCUCGUGCGCAAGACGCCGAAGCAGUGCAAGGCGCGCUGGUACGAGUGGCUCGACCCGUCGAUCAAGAAGACGGAGUGGAGCAAGGAGGAGGACGAGAAGCUGCUGCACCUCGCCAAGCUCAUGCCGACGCAGUGGCGCACCAUAGCGCCCAUCGUCGGCCGCACGGCCACGCAGUGCCUCGAGCGCUACCAGAAGCUGCUCGACGAGGCCGAGCAGCGCGAGAACGACGAGGCCGGCGGCAGCGGCCUGGGGCUCAGCGGGCCGGGCGGGCCCGAGGCGGCGCCGUCGGCGGAGGAUGUGCGGCGGCUGCGGCCCGGCGAGAUCGACCCGGACCCAGAGACGAAGCCGGCACGCCCUGACCCCAUCGACAUGGACGACGACGAGAAGGAGAUGCUGAGCGAGGCGCGUGCGCGCCUGGCCAACACGCAGGGCAAGAAGGCCAAGCGCAAGGCGCGCGAGCGUGCGCUGGAGGAGGCGCGCCGCCUGGCGCUGCUGCAGAAGCGGAGAGAGCUCAAGGCAGCAGGCAUCAUCAUGCGGCCCAAGAAGCCCAAGAAGGGCAUGGACUACAACGCCGACAUCCCCUUUGAGAAGCAGCCCGUCGCCGGCUUCUACGACACGUCAGACGAGGCGUCGCGCUCGUUCCGCGCGCCCAUCGGCCAGACGCUGCGCCAGCUAGACAACACGCGGCGGCCGGAGGACGAGGCGGCAGAGCAGAAGAAGAAGCAGAAGGCCGCCGAGGCGAAGCGUGCCGGCAAGGACAAGGACCCGCAGGCGGGGCAGAAGGAGGAGCAGAUCCGCCGCCUCAAGGAGGCCGAGCAGAUCAGCAAGCGCCGCAAGCUCAACCUGCCCGAGGCGCAGGUGGGCGAGCGCGAGAUUGAGGAGAUCGUCAAGCUCGGCCACGCCGGCGAGAUGGCGCGCGGCCUGGUCCAGGACGGCAACGAGGCGAGCGACGGCCUCCUCGGUGAUUACACGCCGCUUGACCGAGCCAAGAACGCGCGGACAGCGCGCGUCGCGCCGGAGGAGGACACCGUGAUGCGUGAGGCACGCAACCUGCGCAACAUGACUGCCGCGCAGACUCCGCUGCUCGGCGAGGCCAACACGCCGCUGCUGCGGGGCACAGGCGCCGUCGGCGCCACACCCCGACAGGCCGUCACGGCCACGCCGAACCCGCUGCUGACGCCGGCGCCAGGGCGCGGCGCCCUCGACGUCUCGUCUGCCACGCCUCGCACGGAUGUUGGCUCGACGGUUGCCGACGGCCGCACGCCGCUGCGCACGCCGUUCCGCGACAACCUCGGCCUGAACUCGGAGGAUGGCGCAUCGGUGAUGGACACGCCGCGCGAUGCCAAGCGCGCGCUUGCUGCGCAACGGCGCGAGCUGCAGGCUGGUCUGCGCAGCCUGCCGGCGCCGAAGAACGACUUUGAGCUUGUGCUCGACGAGCCGGAGGAGGACGCGCCGGAGGAUCCGGCGGCGGGCGCGGUGCAGCUCAGCGAGGAGGACGCCGCCGAGCGCGACGCACGCAUCGCACGGCAGAAGGAGGCAGAUCGCCUCAGGGUGCUGGCUCGGCGCAGCCAGGUCGUGCAGCGCGGCCUGCCGCGACCCGCCAACGUCGACCUGUCGAGCAUGCAGGCGCUGCUGCACGCUCUGCCCGUGCUGGACGAGUCGGACACGUUCGAGCGUGCCCAGCGGCUCAUCGACGAGGAGAUGGUCGUGCUCAUCCAGCACGACUCGAUCGAGCACCCGCUGCGCGGCAGCAAGGCGCCGGGCGGCUCGCGCUCUGCAAUGCCAGAGCUGCCCGACGACGCUCUGGCGGCGGCGCGCUCGCUGGUCCAUUCGGAGCUGGCCAAGAGCAUGGGCUUCCCAGGCGCCAGCGCGGAGGUGCUGAAGCGCCUCACGGCGUCCUCGCUCGAUGCAACGACGGACGAGGGCGUCGCACGGCUGGAGAGCUUCGAGGCGGCACUGGCCAAGCAGCGCGACGGCGUCGCGUGGAGCGCCGAGGAGCAGGCGUGGGUGGACAAGGCAUCGCUCGACGACGGCGCCCUUGUGCGUGGCUACGAGGCGCGCCUCGCUGCUGCGCGCAAGGCGAUGGGCACCUCUGCUGCCGCCGCUGCCAAGGACGAGAAGCGCCUAGGCAAGCUGCUCGGUGGGUACCAGGCACGCAGCGCGGCGCUCUCGACGCAGCUGCGCGAGUCGGCGACGGCGCUGGCCGAGGCGCAGAUCGAGCACGAGGCGUUUGCGCGUCUUGCACAAGACGAGGAGCCGGCCGUGCUGGAGCGCACCGAGCGGCUGCGGCUCGAGGUGCAGGCGCUGGAGCGCAGCGAGGCGUCGGCGCAGCUGCGCUACCGCGAGAUGGACACGCGCCGGCGCGACUUGCUCGCACAGGUCGAGGCGCUGCAGACGGAGCUCGACAUGCGCGAGGCCGAACGCAUCAACGACGCCGCGCUCGCUGCCAACGAAGCCGCCGAGGCGCUCGAGGCCGCCGCGGCCAAGACGGAGACGGGCGAGGCGGACAUGCCGCCGACGAAGCUGGAGCGGCACAGCUCAGACGAGAACGGGAUGAGCGACGCCGCAUAGUCCCUUCAUACCCCCCACGCACACAUCGCACACGCCGAGCAGCAAUCUACACAUCCCACGAGCAUCGUGCGCGAGGCCGGCGGGACAUGUGCGUUGAGAAUGAGAGGCGGGAAUGAUGGGCGUGAGGUGUACAGACGAUGGUGCGCUUCCUAGAGAG